GCGGGGCAGUUGCCACUUGCUUGGCAUCUGGGACACCAACAUCAGCGGGGAGUAGAAGGAGGAGAAGAAGCCCUUGCAGGAAACGACUUGUCGACGACAGGAAUAAAAAGGAAGGUUGUAGAGCGUAAUUUCCAGUGUCGCAAUGCAGUCUGACGAAAUGGGUGGCGGGUGGAUUUAGCCCUGCAGCGAGGCAGCUAGUAGCUAGCUGUGCAGUUAUUUAAAGCCAUUCAGCUGGACAGGGUGAGUCUCAACAAACAACUUUCUCUACUUAGCACCCCCUCACUUGUUGGUUAGGUUCUUCCGUCCAAUGACCGUAAGAUGAUCCCAAGAAAGUGUCCGGGCCACAGAGCCAGGAGACGUGAUGACGUCACGUCCACCACCACGAGUUAAACGAUUUGUGCAACAGCAGGACAAUUUGUGUCUCCGGUCGGCCACAAAGAAUGUCUGUGAAUUCCAGUUUGCAUCCACUAUGAAGGAACAAGAAGGCAACUCUUGAAAGGUGUCAGGUGCAGCCCCAGCUGGCAUCCGCCCCCUUCCGGUUGAACAAUGUCGCUGAUGGGAUCACCCCCUGGCGCGCAGUUGCUCGCCAAACUCGCCAAACACGUUGCCGGCAGGGCACACAACCAGCUCAGCCGAUGGCUGCACAAGAGCGGCGCAGGUGACGAGUGCAACAAGAUGGACCUGCUGGCGUGCGGCGGGGACGCGGACGGUGACCCUGAGGCAGCGGCAGGAGAGGUUGGCGUGGAAUCCCGGCACCCAUGCUCAGUCACCCCCUUCUGCCUGAAAAGCGCCCUGCUGGCUUGCGUCCUCACGGGCCUGUGCUUCUCCUCAGUGGCGCUGGUCCGCCAGCACCUGAAGGACCUCCUGCUCUGGGUGGAGGGCCUGGACAGCCUGGCGGGGGCCUUGCUCUUUGUAGUAGGCUUUAUCGGCGUGUCCUUCCCGUGCGGCUGGGGCUACAUUGUGCUCAACGUGGCGGCCGGAUACCUGUACGGGUUCGUGCUGGGCGUGGGGCUGGUCAUGGUGGGUGUGCUGAUCGGCACCUUUGUGGCGCACCUGGCCUGUAAACGACUGCUGACGGACUGGGCGCUGCGCAAGGUGGGCGCCAGCGAGCGGCUGAGCGCCAUCAUCCGCGUGGUGGAGGGCGGCAGCGGACUCAAAGUCGUGGCCUUGGCGAGACUCACCCCCAUCCCCUUUGGACUCCAAAAUGCAGUUUUCUCCGUGACGGACGUGUCCUUGCCCAACUAUCUCGUGGCGUCGUCAGUGGGCCUGCUGCCCACCCAGCUGCUCAACUCCUACCUGGGCAGCACGCUGCGCACCAUGGAGGACGUCAUUGCCCAGCAGAGCGUCAGCGGCUACUUUGUCUUUGCUCUACAGAUCGUGAUCAGCAUCGGGCUGAUGUUCUACGUGGUUCACCGCGCUCAGGUGGAGCUCAACGCCGCCAUCGCUGCCUGCCAGAUAGAGUUCCGAUCUUCGCACAUGAACGGCUUGUCUUCGUCACCCUCCGUUACCGCAGCCGGCAACCACGCAGGAUUCACGUACUGCGGCAAACGCACAGCGGCCAUCGUCAACGUGGUGUGACCAUAAAGCAAUCGCGUUGGACCCUGGAAUGCCCGGUAGGUGUUUUGCUUUGUUUUGUUUUUGGACCGAGCGGUGAAGGGACCUCGAGAUGUCAGUGAAAUAACACUUUGAAUGUCAACUUGAUUUUUUUGGACGAAUGGCCACCUAUGCACCUUCUUUCCUAACACGUUGAGUGUGUCAGCAACUGAAAACAAAGCAUAACAACAAUCAUAACGGGACUAAAUGGUAUUGUUAAGGGCAUUGUUCAUUUUUUGUGACCGAGUGCUUUUGAAUUCAGUGUCUUACUUUUGGGACGGUGACUCACUCCGAUCGGUUGAGACGUAAAACUCAGGAAUGUUUGAAGUACGCUGAAAGAAGCCUUUCCUGUCUAUUAUUAACGUGAAGAAAAAAAAUAUUUGAGAUUUUAUUUUUGGGAGUAGUUCAUUCCGGAAUGUUGCAAACUAAGCUAAAAGAAAUACUAUGACGAGAUUUUUUUUUUUUUUUUACGUGCUAUCAUUUCUUUUAAUAUUUUUUUUAAUACCACCUUGCAACUGACUAACCCUAACUAUAAAGGAGUUUUGAGUGAAAUUAGGACUCAAAGAAGGCAGUUGUGAUGACAACGCUAGUAGCUUCAUGAUACCGUAUUUUUCGGACUAAAAGUCGCUCGGAGUAUACCGUUUUUUUCCAUGUAUAAUGCGCCCCCAUGUAUAAUACGCACCCUAAAAAUGGCAUGUUGAUGCUGGAAAAAAGCCUGUACCCAUGUAUAAUACGCACCCAAAUUUUAACUCCUACUUAAGUCCGUAAAUGUAAAAUUAUUUCAGAAAAAAGAUAAUCUUUGGGAACAACCGGAUGUUGUUCUGCCGGUCAGUAUCACUGCGCAUGCGCUAGCAAACUCGAUAGCAAAGAAAUGUUUCGGAUUUGUGUAGGGUACAUUGUGACAGCAAACGAGCAGGUGAUCGAGCAAGUGUCUGAUACGAGAGCAUUGUGUUUGAAGUGAACAGCAGAGAAGAAAGCGCAUCUGUAAUGGCGGCCUCUAUAUCAUCUCCGGAUAAAAUAAAUAAAUAAAAUAUCUCUUUUUUUUGUACCCAUGUAUAAUGCGCACCCAAGAUUUUAGGACAAUAAAUUAGUUAAAUUUUGCGCAUUAUACGUGGAAAAAAACGGUAAGUCGAACCAGCCAGAAAAUGCACAAUAAAGUGAAAAAACCCCAUAUAUAGAUCACACCGGAUUAUAAAUCGCACUUUUGGGGCAAAUGUAUUUGUCAAAAUCCAACACCAAGAACAGACAUGAACCAGCAACAACUGGCUAAACGAUACGGUAUGCUAACGUGACAUAUACACAAACGAGGAGCUGAGAACGGGCCUGAUGUAACAUUCAGAGUUAUUCAAAUAACUAUUACAUAAAUAACACGUUAAUCAAACCAUCGGUGUCACUCCAAUUCAUUAAAUCCAUCGAUCGUCCUUUAUAUAAACGAUGCCGCGUAUGCGCCGCUGAUGGCGGACUCGUCUUGAAUUGCAGUUCUAAAUAUUCCACAGACCCAUAUAGUCAAAAAUACGGUACGUCAAAAUUUUGUAAAUGAAGUUGACAAGAUUGCGAGUCGUAGCUUGAUGACAAACGUUGCAGGCGUAGCCACGUUUCCAUUUACAAAGUCAUGUGAAUAUUCAGAAUAUUACAAGAACAAAAUUGUAGCUUUACAAGUUCCAUUUAGCAAUAUUGUGACAAUAAAGUCGGACAUUAAAGUUUUUAAAAAAUCUUAUUGUUCAAGCAAAGUUGCAGCCCCGCAAGUAAACGUACAGGCCAAGCUGCACUUAGAUUGUGACAAACGUCAAGAUGCAAGUCCAAUACUUACAAUGGAAAAAAGUUGCGGAAUAGAAAAAAAGUCUUAAUAAAUUUGAAAAUGUAAAAUUACUUUUUUAACCACGAAACAUGCAACUUGAAUCUCAAGAUUUACUUCAAUUUCACCUCAAUGUUGUAUCUUUGGGGGGAACAACUGGAAAUAUCUUUGCAUUUACCUCAAAGCCUCACGUCUUUGCUUUUAUUUUGGGCAUUUUUCUAACAGCAAGCUGACAAUCAACAAAGGCACUCAAACAAUAAACAAUGAAUGUGCAUAUAAGCUUUUUAAGUUUUUCAACGAUUCGAAAAGUGUUGUGGAAGACACACAAGGGCUCCUCCAUCCAUCGUUUUUGUUUUUCUGCUUUUAUUUGGUGGCUUGCUGGUUGAAGGGGCCCCCUCCGGUUUUUACCUCAGCAAUAAUAUUUGCAUGGCCUCAUGCAAAACAUGAUUGAUUUUGUAAAGCGAACGAGGCAGGGUGCCCACAUUCCAGAGUUUGCAUCCCGUUGCCUUGUGAAUAAUUAAUGAGCCGCGUGACACCUUGUGAUUGGCAUGCACGCAAAAAAAAAACCAUUUGACUUUUUUUAUUUAUUUAUACGUGCAGAGUAUUUGAUUUUGGGUAGUAUUAAUCAAUGCAAAAAAAAAAAAAAGGAAGAGGUUCUGUAUGAAAUUAGUGUUAGUUAUGCAACAAGUAACUCAAAGGGAAGAUGACGCUUCCCCGGUCGGUAUUAAGUGCAUUACUGUACACACAUGCUGUAUUUUCUUAACACGCAAUUUGACAGUGCGUAAGUAUGCAUAUACAUACGUGUAGACAUAUGUGGAUAUUUAUGCACAGUGUGACACUUUUGUUCAGUGUUAUUUAUGAGAGAAACUGAUUAAAAUGGCUUUUACUACA